AAGGAUGCAAGCAGUCAUCGACCUUGGAAGGGUCAUCAGAGAGAGGAAUGUCAUGCCCAUUAAGUAUCCCUUGAAGGAAGUUGUAGUGAUCCACAAGGAUCAAGCAGUCCUUGAUGCCAUCAUAUCUUUGCAGAAGUAUAUCAAUGAGGAAUUGAACGUGAAGGUAGUAACGGUGACUAAUGACAAGAAAAAGUACCAGGUAACAUUAAGGGCCGAACCAGACCACAAAAUUCUAGGCGCCAGACUCAAGGGUGAUUUCAAAGGGGUCAUGGCCAAGAUCAAACAGCUGACUGAUACAGAGUUGGAAGUUUUCCAGGCUACUGGUGAAAUUGAAGUAGACGGACACAAAUUAACUGGGGAAGACUUGAGGAUUAUGUAUGAUUUCGGACGUGAUGGUGGCUCGCAACAUCAUUUUGAGGCAGACUCCGAUGGGGAGAUCCUGGUUCUUUUGGACACAACUCCCGAUAGCUCCAUGUUGGAUGAGGGACUCGCUAGGGAGGCCAUCAAUAGAAUACAAAAACUGAGGAAAAAGGCCUCCUUAAAACCAAGCGAUGACAUAACCAUCCUGUACAACGCUACGGGUCACCUUGACGAGGUCAUGACCCAAUUUCUUGACCUGGUUACGUCAUCGGUCAAGCAGCCAGUCAGAAGAGUGGAGGAUUACCUAUCAGUUGGUCGGACGGCUGUCAUCAAUAACUGGGAUGUCAAGGAUGAAAAGGAGAAAAAACUAUCCAACAUUAAAGGUGACGAGUUGAGGCUGGCCAUCAUCAAAGGUCACCAGGUUGAAGGUCAAGGUCAUGUGAUGUCACCUCACCAAAGUAAUCUAACAACAACGACAACAUCUCCGACGAAAUCUCAGCAUCCUCCCCACAAACAAACUGCCUCUGCAGCAGCUGCAGCUUCGUCACCAGCGGCAACAACUAAGAAGCAACCGCCCUCGUCAUCGUCGAAAUCGCAACAAUCACCAUCGUCAUCACGUGAUCCAGGAAGUGACGUCACGCCGUUCUGUAGUUUCAUCAACUUUCUGUACGAUGGUAACAAAAUGGCGACUGUGUUGUUGGAGAAUCCUGUUGGUCAUUACCCAAUCAAGUACGACGUGCUCAUCAGCCAGUGAUUGAUUGAUCAAAAUUAGGAGUUGUCGGACGAUUGUUAUGACGAUGAUGGGCUGGUGACGGAGAUGAGCCGAUGUAUUGGUUUUGUUUUUCUUUCAUUUAAGGUUGUUUAUUGAGGAUUUUCAGUUUACUAUGUUUUUUUUGUUUGUUUGAGUUGGUUUUUAUUCUUAUUUGAUCAUUAUUUGAUGUGUUUUUCGGUAGAUUUUAAAAUUUAUUUUAAAUACGCAUUUGCAUUUUCCUUGUUUAUUGAUCCCUAAGUUAUUUUUGAGUAUUGUAUGUGUGUGUGUGUGUGUGUGUGUAUGUAUGUGUUAAUGUAUUUGGGAGUACAUAUCUGCUUGUUCGUCAUUCAUUAAUUUAUGUGUGGCUAUAUUAUUACUUACUUGUCUGUCUGGGGCGAUUUUGGGGUGAUUUGAAUGGGAAUAAGUACAUUAUUUUGCUGGAUGAAUAUUUUAUCUAAUUUUAGCCAACUUUGUUUCAAUUUUAUUCGUUUUGUCGUUAUUAUUAAUUAAAAUAGGAAGUAUAUGUGUUUAUGAAAUCUAA